GCUAGACGGAGAGCCAAUCAAAAACCCAAUUACCUUAUUAUCUCUUCCUCUGUUUGCAUGCAAACCACAUGCGCUCUAGCUUAAAUAACAUUAAAUUAAAAACAAAGUGUUAUAGUAAGCAUUUCAAUGGAGAAAUCUGGGCAGUCUCUUAUACCCAGCGUUUUGUACUGGGAGCGCUCAUUGGUGGAUUAUAAUCGAAAUCCGAUCGUGCAAAAAAAUAAAUUUUGGGGUCCUUGUUGUGUACAUUCUCUUGGUGAUGGAGAUAGUAGCAACAAGAAGAGGAGGAGCUUCAUUGUACAAGCUCCUCGAGAGCCUGCAAAAAAGAUAGACAUGUUCUCCCCUGCUUAUUAUGCCGCUUGCACAGCCGGAGGAAUAUUUAGUUGUGGUCUCACUCACACCGGGGUUACUCCUCUCGAUCUUGUCAAGUGUAACAUGCAGAUCAACCCUGAAAAGUACAAGAAUAUCUCCUCAGGCUUUAGAGUUUUGUUAAGGGAGCAAGGAUUUAGAGGGUUGUUUAAGGGCUGGGGGCCAACUUUGCUAGGCUACAGUUCACAGGGUGCUUGCAAAUUUGGGUUUUAUGAAUUUUUCAAAAAAUACUACUCAGAUAUUGCUGGUCCAGAGUAUUCUGCUAAAUACAAAACAUUGAUCUACCUUGUUGGCUCUGCAUCUGCUGAAUUCAUUGCUGAUAUUGCUCUUUGUCCUUUUGAGGCGGUGAAGGUUCGUGUUCAAACUCAGCCCGGGUUCGCCAAUGGCUUUUCAGAUGGUUUCCCGAAGUUUGUCAAGACUCAAGGUGCAGCUGGGCUAUACAAGGGCCUUGUUCCUCUUUGGGGACGACAAAUUCCAUAUACAAUGAUGAAAUUUGCAUCUUUUGAGAAAAUCGUGGAGGUUUUAUACAAGUAUGCGAUCCCAACCCCUAAGGACCAAUGUAGCAAAUCACUCCAGCUUGGUGUGAGUUUUGCCGGUGGUUAUGUAGCUGGAGUUUUCUGUGCUAUAGUAUCACACCCUGCUGAUAAUUUGGUGUCUUUUCUGAAUAAUGCCCAAGGGGCAACGGCUGGUGAUGCUGUGAAGCAUCUUGGUUUAUGGGGUUUGUUCACCCGAGGUCUUCCUAUUCGUAUAGUCAUGGUUGGAACCCUUACAGGAGCACAAUGGGGUAUUUAUGACGCUUUCAAGGUUUUUGUUGGCCUGCCAACUACCGGAGGCGCCGCACCUCCUGCACUUGCCAAGCCAUAAAUAUAUGACCUAAUUCACCUUCAGAAGUGUAAUUUUGUAAUCAAUAACCAUGUGGGAUUUGUGGAUGAUAUAUAUUAGGCAAUGUGAUUUUUCAAAAGAUAUUGCAGUUUUUUGGAAGGAAUGUCAUUUUUCUAAAUAGUUUUUGUGAUUUUAAAUAAUUUUUCAGAAUAUAUUUUGCAAUUGAUGAUGAAUUACGUGGUC